CUCCCCCUUUGUGCACACUAGAUUCUGCACCCUUGCAGUUUACCUAACGCCAGAAUGUAGUCCAUGUUAUGGUAGCUUUCCUCGCCAGUACAGCAAACAUAUAGUAUUCGAAGCCAUCAUCUCGGAAGUGACUGAACAGGACCCCCGAUUCGCAGCCAGAGGUCGACCUUGGCCGGUUUAAACCGGAGACAUAGCAAGCCUUGAAAAGCAGCACCCGUCGACCGUCGUCAAGCAGAAAGCAAAAUGCGUUUGAUCGAUAAAGUACGGGAGAUUGUCACGGUUCCCGUGUCACCUAAAUAUCUUCGGAUUUCGACCAUUCUGAUUGCGAUUUACAAAGUGCUCAUCGCUCACAUCCUAUUGUUCAUAAUGCUGCUGGGCUUAGCCCAUGCCGAGGAGAUGAGUGCGAUUCUCGGGGCCGAUAUUGCCGAUCAGAAGGAACGUGAGGAGUAUGUUUACCUUCCGACCAAUGCCAGGGGUGAGACGAUGAAUCAGCUGCGCUUCAGAUCGGCUGCCAAUCUGGCAUCGGUAACCCUUUGCAUGCUGUACAUCGGGACCACCCUGGCAACGAUUUACGUUCUCAGCUGUCUUGGUUUGCUGAUCGGGACACUGCGGAAUCGGCACGAGUUCUUCAUUCCCUGGAUGGUGGUGGAUUUAUUCGGGACGCUCAUCUCGGCAUCGAUAAUGAUUGCGGUCGGAUACAACAAGGUGGCCUACUGCGUUAUUGGAAAGUGGCAAUAUUGGGGCUUCUGCGCGGUCAUGACCGCGUUUAACCUGGUAAUCUGGAUGGUGGUCCGAAUGUUCUACAAAAACCUGGCUCACAUGACAAAACUGCGCGAGGUGGCCGUAGUCGCCAUUCCCUGCCCAUCUCCCGGAACGAAACCGGUCCCGUACCACUAUCGCAAGGAGAACAUGCACCUGAGCGAUGGCGGCCUGAAGCACAUUCUGUUCGAUGCCAAUGAGGCUAAUUAUUUGGUCUAGAUAGUAAAAAUAUUAUAGUUUGUUUUUAGAGUCCAUUUGAGGGAAACGUGAUUUGAAAUGGUGUGAGAUAUUUUUGAACGAUAAUGAAGUUGGUUGGCAGUACAUUUCUGAUAUUUGAAACAAGUCUAUUUGAAAAAUAACAACAAUAAAACCUUCAAAUUAUCUUCUUAAACUAUGAUUCAAUAUUCAGUAGACAAGGUAAAUUUAACUAGAACUACAAUAACAAUACAGAGUAUGUAGUGAAAUUUGACUAUAAUAAAUUCUAUCCAGACUUCAAAUUA